AUGCAAGGCCGACUUUUGCAAUCUGUGGGCUGGCAGCGUGCCCUCCGUCGCCCCGCCCUUCACCAUCACACGCGUAUAACGUCGUCGCGAUGGGUGGGCACGCGCAACACCAAGAACAGGGCCGACGAUGUACGGUUGGAGUCGUUGACGGCAAAGUGGCAACCGCGUUGGGAUGAGCUGUCUUCCAAGUGGCACAAGCUACGCACUUCUGACCGCGGCAAUGCUUAUGUGCUGCCAAUGUUUCCGUAUCCUUCGGGCACCCUUCACCUCGGCCAUCUACGAGUAUACACCAUUUCCGAUGUCCUGGCCCGCUUCAAGCACAUGCAGGGCUACAAGGUCCUGCAUCCCAUCGGGUGGGACGCCUUUGGUCUGCCUGCAGAAAAUGCAGCAAUCGAGCGGGGAGUCCAUCCCGAGAAAUGGACGCUGCUCAACAUUGAAGCCAUGAAGACUCAGAUGAAGCAAAUGGGCGGUCGAUGGGACUGGGACGCAGAAAUACGAACAUGCGAUCCUGCCUUUUACAAGCACACUCAGCGCAUCUUCCUCAUGCUCCACGACCGCGGCCUCGCAUAUCAAGCAGAGUCUCUUGUCAACUACGAUCCUGUUGACAAGACUGUCCUCGCCAAUGAACAGGUAGAUGCCAAUGGCUGUUCCUGGCGGUCUGGUGCAAAAGUAGAAAAAGUCAUGCUGAAGCAAUGGUUCUUGAAGAUCAAGGAGUUUCAAGAAUCUCUACUAAAAGACUUGGAUGCUCUUGCAACACAUGACAGAUGGCCAGAAAAGGUGCUGGCCAUGCAAAGAAACUGGAUCGGCAAGUCAGAAGGUGCAAAACUAUGGUUCGACAUCAUCUCAACGGGAGGCGAUGUGUCUUUCGAGCCCAUCGAUGUAUUCACAACCAGGGCCGAUACCUUGUUUGGGGUACAGUACAUUGCUUUGUCUUUGAGUCAUCCCGUCGUUCAAAAACUAGCUGCCCAAGAUGAGUCCCUUCACGCAUUCAUCGAACGAGCAAAAGACCUACCUCCAGACACAAAAGAAGGCUUCCUACUUCAGAGCAUCGUAGCCAGGAAUCCAUUGGCUCACGUUCGCGGCUGUACCGGUCCUACCGUUCCCGUCUAUGUGGCUCCGUAUGUUCUAGAUGACUAUGGUUCUGGCGCUGUCAUGGGCGUACCUGGCCAUGAUACGCGAGAUCACGCAUUCUGGCGAACCAAUGCUGGCGAUGAUCCCAUAAAGCUAGUUGUGUCUACAAAGAAGGAUGAUUUGCUUCUUCCAAUUGUACCACGAAGCGGGCAAGAUGUACCUGUGACUGAAAGAGGAUUCGUUGUUGCUGACAUUGAGAACUUCGGUGGCAUGCCUUCCAAGCAAGCUGCCCGCGAAGUCAUCCAGGCCAUCGUGAACGCUGGCAAACAAGCUGAAACAACAGCAAACUGGCGUCUCCGAGACUGGCUCAUAAGUCGCCAACGGUACUGGGGCGCUCCUAUUCCCAUUAUCCAUUGUGACUCCUGCGGUGCGGUGCCAGUCCCCGAAAAGGACCUUCCUGUCCAACUACCGGAUUUGCCUGAUAGCUUCUUUCAAGGUCGUAAGGGAAACCCACUAGCGGAAGAUGAGACUUGGAAAAAGACCACGUGCCCGAAAUGUGGCUCCGCUGCUGAACGCGAAACCGAUACCAUGGACACUUUUAUGGAUUCAUCCUGGUACUUUUUCAGAUUCUUAGACCCUGAGAAUGAAGACGCUCUGGUUGAUCCGGUGAAAGCCAACAGCAGUAUGCCAGUGGACCUAUAUAUUGGUGGAGUGGAACAUGCCAUCCUGCAUCUUCUGUACGCCCGCUUCAUUUCGAAGUUUCUUGCUACGACUCCAACGUGGCCGAAAGGCUAUUUGACGAAUGGUGAACCAUUCACUCAUCUCAUCACUCAAGGCAUGGUACAUGGGGAGACCUUUACUGACCCUGAAAAUGGGCGCUUCCUUCGACCAGAUGAAGUAGACUUGACGAAUUCUUCUAAACCUCUUAUCAAAGCCACCGGCCAAACGCCAAACGUCAGCUACGAGAAGAUGUCUAAGAGCAAGUACAAUGGCGUAGAUCCCGGCGCUACAAUUGCCAAGUACGGCGCAGAUGCAACGCGCGCCCACAUGCUCUUCCAAGCACCGGUCGGCGAUGUGCUGGAAUAUGACGAAGAGAAGAUUGCCGGUGUGCAACGCUGGUUGCAUCGAGUCGUGAAGCUUGCGGCCGCUUCAUGGCUACCCGAUGACCAAGUCGAAAGUUUUGUCAUCCCAAGCAACAUUGAUGAGAACCUCCUAGUUAUCCUGCAAAACCUCUCAGGACUAGAGAAUCCAAAAACCGCCUCGAGAGAGACUUUGAUCUCCACACUCAAACCAGACGAAGCCCAACUCUGGAUCAAAACCCAGCAAACUAUAGCCAGCGUCACAGAGUCCUAUUCGCAAACCUACUCCCUCAACACCAUCGUCAGCGACCUAAUGACGCUCACGAACACCAUUUGGGACACCCCUCACGCCUCUCCAACUACAUCCUAUCUCAAAUGGUACUCCAUCGCACACCUCAUCCGCAUGCUCGCCCCCAUCGCACCAGGCGUAGCAGAAGAAUCCUGGCACCUCCUCACCACCUGCACAGCCUCUCAAGAGUCCAGCGUCGACACCCUCACAGUCUUCGCAACAGGGUUCCCGCAAGCAAAUCUUGCUAUCAUACCACUCCUAACCACAACCCGCAAAUGCGUAGUACAAGUCGACGGCAAGCGCAAAUUCGAAGUUGAUAUUGCAAAGCUCCCAUCUUCCGUCAAUUCCAAGGAUGGCAAGGCUGUAGCACAGUUUGUACUAGGCGAGCUAUUGAAAACGGAACAAGGGAAAGAGUGGUUCGAUAGAGAAACUGGUAAGAUUUGGAAGACUAGUCCUUCGCAUGAAGCCAGUGAUGAGUUUGAUGGUGCAGUACCACAGGGCUGGAAGGUUAUUACUGUAAAAGGCGGUGAUCUUUGCAAUUUUGUGGCGCCGAGGAAGCCAAAGAUGGAGAAGACGGGAUCAAGCGCCCCAAAAAUGCCGCUCGCACGGCUCCCCCGGGCGCUGACCCCACGCAUCAUCAGCACCUUUUCAACCACACGCCUGCGCUUCCAAUCCUCGUCCAUACCAUAUACACCAACAUGUCCUUCGCCAACCUGCGAAUGCGCCUCUGCGCCAAAAGACCUGGACAUCGAUCGCAAGACACCACUGCUGAACACAAUGGCUCCGUAUUCGGAGCAAGUCGUUUUCUGCACAGGAAAAGACGAUUGGGCCAGCAAUAUUGAGCAAGAAGGAGGCGAUACGGGCGAUUUUGUCAAAGGGUUAAAAAAUGUAAUAGGAAAAGGUGCACCAGGAUUCGAUCCCUUCACAAACAUCCUCAUAACCGCCUCCUCCCUCCCCAAAUCCUCCACACCAAACACAACAUCCCUACUCCUCUUCCCUAGCUUCAAACGCAUCCAAAACCUCCCACACACGCCAUCUUCCCUCUCCGACUUCGCAACCACAUACCUAAAAGCAAAAACCCUCCACCCCAUGCACGCCAACCUCUCCGCAGCCCAAAAAGCCAAUCUAACCCGCGACGAAUCAAAAGCAGCUUUCCUCCCAGAGGCACACGAUAUAACAACCCCUACAAUACUCAUCUGCGGCCACGGCGGCCGCGACCAACGCUGCGGCAUCCUCGGCCCACUCUUACAAUCCGCAUUUCGCACAGAAUUCCACCGGAGAGGCUUGGAUGCGCAUGUAGGGCUGAUAAGUCACAUCGGCGGUCACAAGUAUGCGGGCAACGUCAUCAUGUAUGUUCCGCCGAGUAUAAAAGGGAAUAAUGAGCUUGGUGGCGCGGGGGUGUGGUAUGGACGGGUGGGACCGGAGCAUGUGGAGGGGUUGGUGGAGGAGACGUUUGUCAAGGGGAGGGUUGUCACGGAGUUGCUGAGGGGUGGUGUUAUGCAGGAUGGACGGAAUAUUGGGAGGGUGGUUGAGGCGCAGAUGAAGAGGGAUAGUGGGGGGGAAGAUAGUGGUGUGUUGAAGUUGAAGGCUAGAGCAAGGGGAUAG